GUACCCGGAAGGCAGGCACAGCCAGCAAGCUUUCAUCAUCUAGGCAGGACCCGGGCACCCUCGGGGGUACAGGAAAAACCUUGGGCAGUUUUAAGAUGUGGCGGGAUGAGAAAUCCCUAGAGGAAACGCAAGGGCUGAACGUGCGUUCCGGGUCCUCCCAGCCCGACUACCUUUAGCCCUCCAAAAACAAAAAGAAAGGAAGCUGCAGACUGUGUCUCCACUCCGCCAGAGCGAGCCUCAGCAGGCCCGGGGCUGGGCAUGCUCCCGCCUGCUCCUCCGCGCGCCGGCCCGUGCUCCGGGGGCCCGUAGGGCGGAGCCCUGGCUUCCAGCGCACAGCGCCCGGAGUAGGACCGGUGCCCAGCUUCGGCAGGAGGCUCCGGGAAGCUGGGCUCCUGCGCCAUCGCCUGCCGCAGCGCAGUCGAGCAGCCGUAGCCCCUGGGUGCUCUUGGCCAGCGCGAGCGCCCGGCUGAACUUGGAGUGGCCUCCGCCGGGUUUCCAGAGGCGCAUUUUCCCGCUUGCUGGCCCGCAGAGUUCCUUGCACACCUCAGACUUCGGGAAAGGAGCCAGACACCUGCACGCACCGCGAUGCUGUCGUCCAGUGACUUUGCCUCUGCGUCCUGGGAGCUGGUGGUGCGUGUCGACCACCCCGAUAAAGAGGAGCAGGAAGAAGUCAGACUCAGAGUGUCUGGAGACCUACACGUCGGGGGAGUGAUGCUCAAGUUAGUAGAAAAGAUCAACCUCGCGCAGGACUGGUCAGACUUCGCCCUCUGGUGGGAACAGAAGCGUUGCUGGCUGCUGAAAACCCACUGGACCCUGGACAAAUGCGGGGUGCAGGCCGACGCCAGGCUGCUGUUCACCCCGCAGCAUAAAACCCUCCGCCUGCGCCUGCCCAAUGUGAAGACGGUGAGACUGCGCGUCAGCUUCUCCGCCGUGGUGUUCAGAGCCGUCACGGACAUCUGCAAGACCCUGAAUAUCAGAAGAUCGGAAGAAUUGUCCCUGCUAAAACCUUCUGGUGACUAUUUCAAGAAGAAGAAAAAAAAAGACAAGAGUAACAAGGAGCCUGUGAUUGAAGACGUCCUGGACCUGGAAUGUUCCUCGACAAGUUCAGGUUCACCAGUAAGUUCUGGCUUAUACAGUAAGACCAUGACGCCAAUGUAUGACCCCGUCAACGGGACGCCAGCCUCCUCCACCAUAACAUGGUUCAGCGACAGCCCUUUGACGGAGCACAACUGUAACAUCCUCGCCUUCAGCCAGCCCCCGCAGUCACCAGAAGUUCUCAGUGACAUGUACCAGCCCUGGACACUCAUCGAUAAAGCCAAGUUUAACGCAGGCUGGCUGGACUCGUCACGCUCCCUUAUGGAACAAGGCAUCCAGGAGGACGAGCAGCUGCUGUUGCGGUUUAAAUACUACAGUUUCUUCGACUUGAACCCUAAAUACGAUGCUGUCCGAAUAAACCAACUCUACGAGCAAGCUAGGUGGGCCAUCCUCUUAGAGGAAAUUGACUGCACGGAGGAGGAGAUGCUGAUCUUCGCAGCCCUGCAGUAUCACAUUAGCAAAUUGUCCCUAUCAGCUGAAACACAGGAUUUGACAAGCGAGUGUGAGGCCGAUGAAGUCGAAGCGGCGCUGUCUCAUCUGGAAGUGACCCUGGAAGGUGGAAAAGCAGACAACCCUCUGGAGGACAUCACCGAUAUUCCUAAACUUGCUGACAAUCUCAGGCUGUUUAGGGCCAAGAAGCUGAUGUUAAAGUCUUUCAAACAAUAUUGGUUCGUCUUUAAAGACACAUCCAUAGCCUACUUUAAAAGUAAAGAAGUUGAACAAGGAGAACCAAUAGAAAAACUGAAUCUUAGAGGUUGUGAAGUUGUGCCAGAUGUCAAUGUUGCAGGCAGAAAAUUUGGAAUCAAGUUACUAAUCCCUGUUGCUGAUGGAAUGAAUGAAGUCUAUCUGCGAUGUGACCAUGAGAACCAAUAUGCCCGGUGGAUGGCCGCCUGCAGCCUGGCCUCCAAGGGCAAGACCAUGGCAGACAGCUCCUACCAGCCAGAGGUCCUCAACAUCCUGUCAUUUCUGAGGAUGAAGAACCGGACCUCGGCGUCUCCGGCGGCUUCCGGUCCCGAGAACAUGGACAUGAACCCGGAAUGCUUUGUGUCGCCCCGCUGUGCCAAAAAGCACAAGUCAAAACAGCUGGCAGCCCGGAUCCUGGAAGCCCACCAGAAUGUGGCCCAGAUGCCCCUGGUCGAAGCGAAGCUGCGGUUCAUCCAGGCGUGGCAGUCCCUGCCUGAAUUCGGCCUGACCUACUAUCUUGUCAGAUUCAAAGGAAGCAAAAAAGAUGACAUUCUGGGAGUUUCCUACAACAGACUGAUUAGAAUUGACGCAGUCACAGGGGUUCCGAUCACAACCUGGAGGUUCACAAAUAUGAAACAGUGGAAUGUCAACUGGGAAAUCAGACAGGUGGCGAUCGAGUUUGACCAAAACGUCUCCAUUGCCUUCACCUGCCUGAGUGCGGACUGCAAGGUGGUGCACGAGUACAUCGGCGGCUACAUUUUCUUGUCCACCCGCUCCAAGGACCAGAACGAGACGCUCGACGAGGACCUGUUUCACAAGCUGACCGGCGGCCAGGACUGACACAGAGGAGCAGGUCUGCCCGAGCCCUCUGACUGCACGGGAGCGGUGGCUUGUCCUGCGUGCGGUUUGCAGAUUAGCAACCGCAACGGGGGCGCGGAGAGGCAGCCGGAUACUGAGCCCACACCAGCCACGCUGCCCGCAUGUCUCUGCCACUGUGCCAGCAGGACGGAAGGGAUCUCGGGGCUUUGUCCAUCCACUGGGACGGAGCCCCUGCAGAGCUGUUCUUACUCAUUGAGGCAGGCAGACGGGUGAAAAUUACCUGCAAAUUGCAAGCCGCACACACUCAGGAGGUGUGAGAAGAAAUGAAGCUUUGCUUGGCACAGCUGUUUUUAUCUCCCCGGCUAUGGAACUGGUGGAGUUCCCUGAAGGUCAAAGCCUAGGGUGGGAGGUGGGGUCACUUGCUAUCAGUGGGCAACCAGGGGUCAGGGCCGCAACCCUCAUGUUCACAGUGACACCUGCCAAGGUGACCGUUGACCCAUUUGGCCUUGGUCAUUGGUCUUUUGCUCCUGCAGCCACCUGCAUGCCUGCCCAGGGCUCCCACAGCCCCCUUUAUGUACUUCUUGAAGAUGCAAGUGAUACGGGGUGCAAGGAAACC